AGUUGAGGCCAUGUAAGCCAGCUGGAGGAAGUGGGUAGGUUCAAUGUUGGGUGAAAGUAGGAAGCUACCCAAGUACUCGUUCACCAAAUUUAACGUAUAGAGUACAUGUACCUGUAUCUGAGAUAGACGCUUGACGUACCCGCGUUUGAACCCCACUACCUGUCCAGACUUCAACAUAUCCAAACUACAUCCCACUUACAUUAUACGUACACCACAACGUAUGUCGCCGCGCAUAGGUAACAAUAGGUAAUUGUCAAUGACUACACACCAUUGUAGCUCUUAGAUUACCGUUUGCGACCUUAUAAUCUAGAGGCUAGCUACGGCAGCUUCUUCUUCGGCCAUGGCGAGUGCCGCUGCUAACCUCACUUCACUCUUGAGGGCCUCGACCAUCCAAGACCACGAUGAAAUCCUGAAAGCCGCCAAUGCAGCUAUCAAAGCCUCCAAAAACGAUACCGAAGCCCAGAAGACCCGUGUUAUCGCCCUCUUAAAGCUAGAUCGCUUCGACGAUGCCCUCCGAGCCAUAGCCGAAGGCGGAGACGAAUUAGAGAAGGAAUAUGUUUUUGAGAAGUCGUACGCUCUCUACAAGUCUGGUCAGCUUGAUGACGCCGCGAAAACACUUGAAACGGCUUCUUCAUCCUCCAAGUCCUCUCGCCCUUUUCGCCAUCUCGCUGCUCAAGUCGCCUAUCGCGCCGGGAAAUUCCCCGAUGCCGCCGAUGCCUACCACCAUCUCUUAACAGGGCCGGGAGGCCUAGCUGGCGAAGAAAACGACUUGAAUAUUAAUCUUCUCGCUACAAACGCCCAGCUGGAGUGGAAUGGAUUUGGUCAUCUAUUAAGAGAGCAGGAGAGACAACCCUCGCGUGACCAUCUCGAAGCUUUUGAAACGGCGUAUAAUGCUGCGUGUACUUGUAUCGCAAGAGGCGAUUUCAACCGUGCAUCCGUUUUCCUUAAGCGGGCGCAGGAUCUAUGCGAAGCGAGCGAAGAUCUAUCUGCGGACGAGAAGAAGGCCGAGCUGCUACCUAUUAUGGUACAGCAUGCCUACGUUCUUGCGAGACUAGGCAAAGAAACAGAGGCGGCGGCUUUGCAUAAAUCUAUCGUGAUAUCUGAAAUCCCGGAAGCGCCAACAAGGGCGGUUGCACAGAAUAACCAGAUCGCCAUCGGCGCUGCCGGGAGAAAUCCCUUCCUUACACAACGUCUCUUCCAGUCAGCUACAAAGCUGUCUGGUAACGAUAAGCUCUUUGCCUACCAGGCAUCUAUAUUGAAACAAAAUGAAUACGCCAUAGAUCUGCAGGCACAGAAGUUCGACGGUAUCGAGUCUUCUACUUCGAAAUUAAUCCUACAGAGUCCAUCCCCUACAAGCUCCGUGGAAAUCGCAAGCCUCGGAGUCAUCAACGCAGCAGCGCAUACCCGCCUACAGACCGGUGUAGAAUCUCUCAAGCAGAUUCUGCCCCUCCUCGAGAAACGUCCGACUGAUAUUGGGCUUCUAUUAACUAUCAUACAACUAUACGUGCAAUUAAAAAAACCCGGGCCAGCAUUAACCCUCCUGGAAGCGUUCCUUAAGCGCCUGGAAACGGCGUCAACUCCCAAUUUCGAGGACGUGCGUUUUGCACCCGGUCUUGUUGCCGUAACUGUAGCGUUGUACCGAUUACAAGGGCGACAGAACUCUAUCCGCACAGAACUAGCAAGAGCAUCCACACACUGGCGCUCGAAAUCAAAAGAGUCCGCCUCGUCUCUCCUCCGCGAAGCCGGCAUCGAGCUCCUCAAGUCUUCCAGCCGUGAGGACAUCGCCUCAGCAGGCGAAUCCUUCGAAGCCCUAGUCGCCCAGUCCGACAAGGACGCGAUCGCCGUCGCAGGCCUAGUAGCCUCCUUUGCAAACGAGGACUUUGCCAAAAUAGAGACGUACCUGCCAAGCCUGACACCAAUCGAGCGUCUCACGGCUGGUGCCACCGAUGUUCAAGCCCUUGUGGCCUCGGGCGUAGCCUCGAUCCAGACACCUGCAGCCCCCACAAGUAAAAAGCGCCCCGCAGAUCACGAGCCAGAGAAACCGGCCACCAAGCGCCGGCGCAAGAAGCGGCUGCCCAAAAACUACGAAGAGGGCAAACUACCCGACCCAGAGCGCUGGCUCCCUCUGCGCGACCGCAGCACGUACCGACCCAAGGGCAAGAAGGGCCGUAAGCGGGCCCAGGAGUCCACGCAGGGCGGCGUUGUCAAGGAGGAAGAGACGCUGGAGCUAGUCGGUGGUGCGGGCGCCGUCAAGGUGGAGAAGGCGUCGGGGGUCCAGGGGGGCAAGAAGAAGAAGAAGGGAGGGAAGAAAUAAGAAAUAGGGGGAGGGGAGAGAGGCGUGAAGAAAAAAGAUAUAUAGCAGCAUUGAAUACAGUGUAUGUGUCUCGGAAAAGAGACAAAAUUCGCUUCAAUAGUAUGGUCCCCUUGAUAUGGGAUGGCAGUGACUAUUACAUCUUUAAGUAAUACGUAUACUACCUUACUUAAACACGAGAAUAGCUACUGAUAUGGGAACUACCUAUCCUACGACAAGGCAAAAUACAAUCACAUGGCAAAAACCCGUAUAAAUCAUCAUUAACAAAGGGCGAUUUUAUAAAGGAGUGCUGCUAGAAAUCCAUGUAUAUACAGCAAUUACCGUAUCGUGUAUACUCCGCUCCGUCUCUGACCAGGACUCU